AUGGAGCAGAUACUAAGGGAACAUUCUGGCUUAGACGAUGCGUUUGGAGUGUCUGACUACUCGGACGAUGAAUCCCUUGACGAAUCAAUCAAGGCUUCGAUUGAAAGAAUUCGACAAGAAGCUUCGCGUAUGGAUCUUUAUAUAGCCUUGGACCAAAUCGAUUCCCUACAGCGAGAAAACGGCGCCGUACAAUCUACAUUGCGAAGUACUGAAGCUGAGCUUGACACAUUAAAGGAGAAGGUAUCAAGUUUGACAAUGGAGAGAGACCUGUUGAAAGUCGACACAAACAAUCUCAGAGAAGACAUGACCACUCUUGUCGAAAAGAUGUUCGAAAUCUCAUGCGUCGCAGGCACCUCGUCACUCGCAGGAUCAAAUCACCCGACCGUACACAAUGAUGACAGCCUUUCAAUAAUUAUCGAUAAAAGUCCGAUUCCGCCGGAUGUCAUGGUUUUGAACGAACCCUGCCGUUCGUUUGAAUCCGCUCCUUCGCAGAGUGAUGACCAGCUGCUCCCUCGUCGAUCGAAGGUUGGUCAGACAAAUCGAAAUGAAAAGGUGAAACUUCUGAGCUCAAAGUACAACUCCAUCGCUCGAGCAGCUGCUUUGUCGCACUGCUCUACAAUAACGGAGAACUGCCAGAGUUCUAUUGUUGAAUCGAUAUCAGAGUACCAGGACAAGAAGCAAAUUUCCCCCGAUCCUUCUCUCCAUAUGAAGAAAUCGACCAAAGCUCACUCUGUGCCUGUAUAUACCCUUCGUCCAGUGGAGAGGAAACGCACUAUUUUCUGUCGAUUGCUUCGAUUGAUGAGCUCCUGCUCUCGAAGCAGACAGGUUGCUGCACUGCAAGAUCAGCUAGAUCAACUUCAAAGUAUGGUCCGAUUGUCAAUAACGACAACAGAGCAACUUCAGAUGCGGAUGUCACAGCCCAACCAAAACAGUCUCGGCGAUUCUCCCUCAGAGCUUCGUCACCUAAAAGAUUAA